UCAGCCCCCGGCAGGGUUGGCAAGCUGCAGCCUAAGGCACAUUGUAACCUCCUCAGCUGAGUUCUCAAGGGACGGAAUGACUAAGAACAAUAGCCCAGUGAAUACUUAGAACAGUGUUCUCAAGGAAUCCUGCAGAGACGGCUUCUGAAAAGCCAAGGUAGUAUCUGCCUGCUAAAGGUGUUCUCAGGAUUUCAAUCUCUCUUCUCCAGGCACCACAUCACCUGCCCUUCCGCCUACACUCCUGCCUGCUGUGCCUACCCACAGCCAUCAUGCCUCGAGGCCAGAAGAGCAAGCUCCGUGCCCGUGAGAAACGCCAGCGGGCCCGUGGUCAGAACCAGGAUAUCAAGAUUGCUCAGGCCACUGCAGCAGAGAAAGAAGAGUCUCAUUCUUCUUCCUCAUCUGUUUUGGGGGAUAUUCCCUCCAGCUCCCCUGCUGCUGGCAUUCCGCAGGAGCCUCAGAGAGCACUACCCACCACUGGUGCUGCAGCUAUGUCAUGCACUGGAUCUGAUGAAAGUGACAAGAGCCAAGGUGAGGAAAAGGCAAGUUCUUCCCAGGCCUCAACAUCCACUGAGAGCUCAAUCAAAGAUCCUAUAACCAGGAAGACGCAGAUGGUGGUGCAGUUCCUGCUGUACAAGUAUAAAAUGAAAGAGCUCACUACAAAGGCAGAAAUGCUGAAGAUCAUCAGCAAAAAGUACAAGGAGCAUUUCCCUGAGAUCCUCAGAAGAGCCUCUCAGCGCAUGGAGCUGGUCUUUGGCCUUUCCUUGAAGGAAGUCAACCCGACCAGUCACUCCUACACCCUCGUCAGCUUGCUAAAUCCCACCAACGAUGGAAAUGAGAGCAGUUCCUGGAAAUUUCCGAGGAAUGGGCUUCUGAUGCCUCUACUGAGUGUGAUCUUCUUAAAUCGCAACCGUGCCAGUGAAGAGGAAAUCUGGGAAUUCCUGAAUGUUUUGGGGAUCUAUGAUGGUAAGAGGCAUAUCAUCUUUGGGGAACCCCGAAAGCUUAUCUACCAAGAUCUGGUGCAGGAAGGAUAUCUGGAGUACAAGCAGGUGCCCAACAGUGAUCCCCCACGCUAUCAAUUCCUGUGGGGUCCAAGAGCCUGUGCUGAAACCAGCAAGAUGAAAGUCCUCGAGUUUUUGGCCAAGGUGAAUGAUACCACCCCCAGUAACUUCCCACUCCUUUAUGAAGAGGCUUUGAGAGAUGAACAAGAGAGAGCCAGAGCCGGGCCCAGAGUUGCAGCCAGGCGUGGCACUACUGCCAUGACUAGUGAGCAUUCAAGGGACACAUCCAGCAGCUCUUCCCACCCCAUGUGAGAUCUAAGGCAAAUUGUUCAAUCUGUGGUUGAAAGACCUGCUGCCUUCUAUGUUCCUGUGCUGCAUGAAUAACUUUGUUGAACUUUCCUGUGAUGCUUCUUAAAGUAGGUUUAUUUAGAUGCAGAAUAUAAGCUUAGAAACGGCAUGCAUCACACAUUUAUUGCUGUUUAUCAGGUUGGUUUAGUAAUAAGAGUUUGGUUUUUGAAAUACAAAUAGAAAAUCUGAAAAUCGUUUUUGUGAUACAGAGCAAAAUAACAUGGCAUUGGAAUAAGGUUAUCUUUAGAAACUUAAAAUAACCCCACAGUAAAAUAGGUAGAAUCUGAAGACAGAAAGAGAAGAAAAGCAAAAGUUGGUUUAUUUUUGGUUUAUCUUACUCCAUUCAGUCUUUUGUUGUUCAUAAAUUUAAAAGUUACAUACCUGGUUUGCUUAGAUUAUUCAAGAAUGUGGCGGCUUGGGCCAAGGUCAAUGACAGUGUCCCCAUUGUCUUCCCUCUAUUAAGAGAAGACUUUGAGACAUGAGGCAGACAGUGUUGCAACUGGGCCUGGCAUGUUCCAGUGUGAUGUCCAGAAGUGUCUCCCACUCCUUGUGAAGUCUGAGGUAUAUUCUUUACUUUUAAUUAAAGAAAAUAUUAACUUUCUAAUUAAUGGAGGGCCAAAGAGGAGUUGGUGGGAACACCAUGUAUCAUAUAUUUGUAUGUAAAAUAAUUUAUCUUUUCAUUUUCCUGUUUUUCAGUGUUCUUUUAAUUGCAGAAUUAUUUAGUUGCAGAAUCUAAGUUUAUGAAUGGUAUGAAUCGCUCAUUUAUUAAAAUAUGUCGGGUUGAAGAAGAACUUUUGCAUUAUGUAAAAGAAUUUAAGAUCUUUAAAUCGUUUUCUGUGAUCUAGAACAAGAGAAUAUGACAUUGGAAUAUGGAAUUUGUGAAAAGGAAAUUACCUAGCAAUAAAGUUGGUGGGAUCAUGAAAUAGAGAAAAAAA